CCCCCAUCAUCUCUCUCUCUCUCUCUCUCUCUCUCGUUCGAGUGGCGAUUUUUGCUCUCUCGAUCGAAUUUUCAGAACAUAUUCUCGGAAUUCUCUUAAUCAAACUCAAGGAAAGAUGAGAGAAAUCCUUCACGUUCAAGGAGGACAAUGUGGCAACCAAAUUGGAUCAAAGUUCUGGGAAGUAGUGUGUGAUGAGCAUGGGAUAGAUCCAACUGGACGAUAUGUUGGAACCUCAGAUUUGCAAUUGGAGCGUGUUAAUGUGUACUACAAUGAGGCAUCUUGUGGGAGGUUUGUACCUCGUGCUGUUCUUAUGGAUCUGGAGCCCGGCACUAUGGACAGUGUCCGCACCGGUCCAUAUGGCCAGAUCUUCAGGCCUGAUAACUUUGUUUUCGGUCAGUCUGGUGCUGGAAACAACUGGGCCAAAGGGCAUUAUACUGAGGGUGCUGAACUUAUUGACUCCGUUCUUGAUGUUGUGAGGAAGGAGGCUGAGAACUGCGAUUGCCUUCAAGGUUUUCAAGUGUGCCACUCACUUGGUGGAGGAACAGGUUCUGGCAUGGGUACCUUAUUGAUUUCAAAGAUCAGGGAGGAGUACCCUGACAGAAUGAUGCUUACAUUCUCUGUUUUCCCAUCCCCAAAGGUUUCUGAUACAGUGGUGGAGCCAUAUAAUGCCACUCUUUCAGUGCAUCAGCUUGUUGAGAAUGCAGAUGAGUGCAUGGUUCUUGAUAAUGAAGCUUUGUACGAUAUCUGCUUCAGGACUCUUAAACUGACCACUCCCAGCUUUGGUGAUUUGAAUCACUUGAUUUCUGCAACCAUGAGUGGGGUGACUUGCUGUCUCCGAUUCCCUGGCCAACUCAAUUCUGAUCUCAGGAAGCUUGCUGUCAACCUUAUUCCCUUCCCCCGCUUACACUUUUUCAUGGUUGGCUUUGCUCCUCUGACCUCUCGUGGUUCUCAGCAAUAUCGUGCUCUUACAGUUCCAGAACUGACCCAACAAAUGUGGGAUGCAAAGAACAUGAUGUGUGCUGCUGACCCGCGUCAUGGACGCUACCUGACUGCAUCAGCCAUGUUCAGAGGCAAGAUGAGCACCAAGGAAGUUGAUGAGCAAAUGAUCAAUGUCCAGAACAAGAACUCUUCCUACUUUGUCGAGUGGAUCCCCAACAAUGUGAAAUCAAGUGUCUGUGACAUCCCACCUAGAGGACUCACGAUGGCAUCAACCUUCAUUGGCAACUCAACAUCGAUCCAGGAAAUGUUCAGGAGAGUGAGCGAGCAGUUCACUGCCAUGUUCAGGAGAAAGGCUUUCUUGCACUGGUAUACUGGGGAAGGAAUGGAUGAAAUGGAGUUCACAGAGGCCGAGAGCAACAUGAAUGACCUUGUUUCCGAAUACCAGCAGUACCAGGAUGCCACUGCAGAUGAAGACGGUGAGUACGAGGAAGAUGAGGAAGAGGAGGGCGUUGAUCAUAUGUGAGAGGAUACCUAUUACUUCAUAUAAUGAUAUAUAAUUCAGUAUGGACUGUCAUAUUUUUUUCUCCUUUUUUUUGCUUUGGGUUAAAUGCUAUUUUGGGAAGGUCAAAAAUUUCCUGGUUUUUGAUCUGCCUACUUUCUGAGAGAGAGGUAACUGGUAUAAGGUAAGAGAGUCUGAGAGAUGGUGCUUAUGGUGAGGAGUAUUUUGUUUUGUAUUGUUCUGUUGUCCUUCACCUACUCCAUAUUUUGUCAAGUAUUUGUAGCUUCUUCUAAUGCUGUUAAA